UAGUGGCAUCCUGGUAAAACGACGCAAACCAGAGUUUACGUUCAGUGUGGUGGUCAUACUGUUCCCAGCCACUCCACAGCGUUAGCUCCCGCCCGACUGUCCGCGUGAAGCUCGGCGAAUCUAAAGUGGACCGAGCGGAACCGGUUCAGUAAAGUGAGAGUGCCAUGAGGAGAGGAGCCAGAGAGUGAGGCGAUGGGCUGCACCUCGGCUAAGCAGGUGUCGGCCGUGCCCAGUGAUGAGGAAGGCCGGGGCAAGGCCUACAGCAACGGAGACCUCUUCUCCGACGAGUACAAGAUGAAAGGAGUGGAGGAGGUGAAGUACAUGCGUGGAGAGGAGGACCGGGUGAAUGCACGUAACCAGGAGAACCUGGAGAAAAGCUCUGUACAGUACAGGGGCAAACAGCCGAAAGAAGGCUCUGGAGCCAACGCCAACAGGACAAACAUCCACACGUCAGAGAGCCAGCAGGAGUUCUUCAGGAUGCUGGAUGAGAAGAUUGAGAAGUGAUGCUAUCUGUCCUCCCUCUAUCAUCUCUCUUCUCUUGGUCUCAUCUCUCAUCUGUGGUGUGUCCACAGGGACAGGACUACUGUUCGGAGGAGGAAGAGGCGGAGGACGGGACAUAGCACACAGGCCCCCGACUCAACCCCCUACAAGAGCCUCCCAGAGUGUGUAUGGGUGCAUGUGAGAGAAUCUGUGUGUGUUUGUGUGUGUAUGUUUGACUGCCUUGUGAUUCUGUAUGUGUUGGUGUGAGCUUGUAUUUUGUGUGUGUGAGAGAGAGAGAAUGCUAUCCUCAAAGACUGUUGCCUCCCUCUUGGCCCUCGUCACAUUGGGUCCCUUAGUGGAUUGCUGGAGGGAGAGACGAAAUGUGGACUCACUACAGCCAGGCCAGUGUUCCUGCUCCCCUGCAGGACUAUGGAGAGAUACUACCCCCACCCCUCUACCCCAACUACCACCCCAGUGAACUGUACAGUGGUCCCUGGUCCAAUUCUGUGUAUACCACCACCUCAUGACUCGUCGUCGGCAUCACAGUCUCGGGAGACCAUAGAUUUCUUGUGCCUGGGUGUUAGGUCAUAGCGCAGUGUCUGCUGUGGCUGUGGAGUCCAAUCUGUCUGGGAGACACCCUCCUGGUUUCCACCCUCCAUGGCUCUGGAUGUUGUGCUUCGCCUGCGAGGAGCAGAGAUGUGGAUGGAGAUAGAGGGGGGGCACUUCCAUAACCCCCACCAGCCCUCGUCACAGAACUGAGGCUUGCUGCUAGAGUGAGCCGAGUGGGAGGGAGGGAAAAGAGAGAACCCCUGAUAUUUUAAUAAGAGAAAGAAGAGUGAGUGGGUUCUUUUGGAGCUCUGAACUUCUGCCCUUUGAAGGACCUUUUUCUUUUUAAAAUUCUGUUCAUCCAGUUAAGUUUUUUUUAAUUUAAUUAGAAUUGUAAUGUUUUUUUUUUUAUAUGCCUUCUAUCAUAAUGCAUCACCUCCUGCAGGCUACAGCUCUAUAGGCCAGAGCUCCUGGGUCUCUACACAACCUGUCCUCUUAAAUAUACCCUCAACACUACUACACUAGACCCUGGCUUUGUGAGACGAAACACAUACUGUACACACAUCUCCACACACUCAACCUCAUAUUCAUAGAUGCACUCAUAUAUUCACACACACACAUAAGUACAGACCAAAGCAGCUAGACACAAACACACAGAGAUGCCAUUGUAUUCCUGUCAUUUUGUUAGCCCAGUGUUAUGUAAGUGUGUUAGGCUGUGGUAGGCUGUGGUGUUGAUGGGUUUGGAUGAAUGUAGGAACCAGCAGCCGUGGGUUGUUUGGUUCCUGCUGCUGGACUUAUUCAUGUGCACCUGCAGUGUUCAUUACUCUUUCCUCCGCAUUGGUCGCUCAGUCGCCGCUUCUCUUCAACUCUGUAGUAUUGAAGCUUACUGGCAGAGUGGAGUCACCCUCUGUUGACACACACACAGACACACACACACACACAGCCUUUCAUGGACUGAAAAGUGGGUUGAAAGGAAAAGAGGUAUGGUUGCCUGGGAGACACAGCCCUGAUCAUGCUUAUGUCAUCAUCAUUAAUGGAUCCUUUCUUUUUCAUUUGAUUUUUCAAUACUUUUUGUUUUUCUAUUAAAAUUAGAAACACAGGAGCUGUUCAUCUUCUGUGUCUCUCUCUCUGUGUGA